AUCCAGUUCCUCUCUCUCUGGCCGGGGCUGCUCCCUGCGGAUUGUAAUCAGGUAAGCACGACAUUCCGAAUUCCGAUCAUGGUUGAUUGACACCUGAGCCCAAUGCUCAACAGCUCGGUCGCGAUGUCAUGGCCGCAAUGAUUAUGAUGGAAGGACCGGAACACGGCACGGGAGCACGGAGGCCCCGAACCGGCAAUUGGCGUGCCGGCCACACCACGCCACAGGCCAAGUGAGGUCGGGUUUACACAUUGGCACGCAUGCGGUCCAGGGCAGCCGCGCGUUCUCUGGGCUCGUUUGGCACUGGGUUGGUUAUUAUGACGACGAUGACCUCAGGCCGCCCCGCCGGUCCUGCCCCAAGACAGAGGCAGCAGCCGACCAUUUUAUGCCAUGUUUGCCGCAAAGCUUAAUGCCGGCUGGGUAGGCCGGGAGAGUCCAAUCAAGCAGUGGCGAGCCAGACGAGAAAAAGAUGAAAAGAAACAGAAAAGCGAUGCCCACAAUUAUGGUGGCUUUGGCGGCGUGGCAGGGGCUGCUCAAUUGAAACAUUGCACAGCUCUCGGCCAUCCAUCCAUGACGCGCGCUGGGGCACGGGAAGACCCUGGCGCCACUUAUGUUUGGAUGGGGCGGUGGACUGGGCUCCUGCCAUUACAGUAUGGCACGGCCACACAUGAUGACGUUUGUCCGACAGGAACAACGGCCACGCCUUAGUCCAUGGAAAGAUGGUCAACAUGAUAAAAGAGGGCCGCCGCGCCUCCCAUUCUCUGCUUGGGAAACCCUUCUUCACCACUCUCAUCUCAUUGAGCACAGUCAUCCAUCGCAAACAGCAGCUUCUCCAUCAAACCUGAAGCAGCCCUAACCCGAGCCGUGUAUCUAUCCUCCACCCCCACAACCAGCCACAAUGGACCACGUUAGCAUGCUGAUGGAGCGCGCCGCUCGGACCCAGCGCAAGUCGACGGCCCGCCGCCUGGCCACGGGCGCCAUCGUCGGCAUUGCCAUCGCCUGCUUCGUCGUCUUCCUCGGCUUCCUGCUGUGCUGCUACUGCUGCUGCUUCCGCCGCCGCCGCCAGCGAUCGCGCGAGCUCGAGGACCAGCAGCCGCAAAUGUCCUCCAGCAACAACGGCGACGGCAUGAUGGGCAAGUUCCGCAGCAUGAUGCCCGGCAACCAGAACAACGGCGCCCCGCUGCCCUCCACCCCGACCGGCGGCCCCGACCAGGGCUUCCACAACCAGUACCCGCACGUCCAGCAACCCACCCCGGCGUACCGCUGAGCCUGAGUCGGUUUUAGGGUGGUUGAGGGUACCCGACCGAGGUGCCCGCCGGUAAACACUAAACAACAUCGCGUCCGGACCGAGAUGGGGCUACGACCUGGACACAUUGGGCGGCGUCUUGGAGUUUUUCUGUUGUCUUGUUUCUUUCUUCUUUUUGCCUUUUUAGGAUUUAGCAUUGCGUGGGAGCCCUCUCUUUUUCUUCUUGUCAUUUCUUUACGACAUCACGAAUUUGGUACCAAGUAGCGAUUUGAAACAGUCGCACAAACAAAUCUUUCUCUUUCUCUCUCUUUAACUUGAUCUUCAGACGUGCCGAGCGAUAAUCGUGAUGUACAGACGCCGAAAAAGCAAAUAUCAACACAAUACAGAUGCAAGGAUCCAAUCCUGUGGUUUCUUGGCAUCCAC